CCUUUGGGGGGAGUGAGAAGGUUCUGGAACCAGACAGAGGUGGUGGUUACACAACAUUGUGAAUGUGCUAAACGCUGCUGAACUGUUUAGUCUAAAAUGGUUAAAGGUGAUUCCUGUGCUACUUGGAUUUUUGCUUCAAUGAGAAGUGGAGGGAAGUUAGAGUUGGACUUUACGCUGUAGAGAGACAGGGGUGGCGGGUGUGUUGAAUGAGGUGUGAGCGGCGGGUGCUGGCCUUCGGCCGGAUGCACUGGGAACCCAGGCCGUCCUCGCUUUGGGGUCCAGGUGGUGAAGGUCGCCGUGUGCAGAGCCGCUGGGCGGCGGGUAGGGGCAAAAGCCAGUCUCCGCUUGCUUGAGGGCGAGGCUGGGCCUGUCUCGUGGAGAGCACGAUCCCUCCAGGCUGUCUCGAGUGAGCCUCCAGCCUCACCACGUGGCAGCUGACCGUCCUCGGGGCCUAGAGAUGCCCCGAGCUUGGCCACGCUGGCGGGAGGGGAGGGGUGUGAGGGUCUGCGGCAGAAGGACGGGGCGCUGUCUGCAGCUGGUGGUCCAUGCAGACCCCCCGCAUCGGGGAGGGCACUGCCCGCCGGCAGGGUCCCACGGUCUGUGCGGCCGCUGUCGUGCACCUGAGGACGGUGUGACUCCUCCUGGCCACGUGGUCACACGCGCGUGGUCUGGGCGGCCAUUGUCCUCGAGGCGGGUGCUCAGAUUCAGGAAGGGUGGACCGAAAAGGGGAGCGAAGCGUCUUCCCCAUCCAAGCCCCGGAUCCCCCGAAUGCUACCCGGGGACCCCCGAGGGCCACGACGCCUAUCUCAGCGCCACUGAGAUAGACGGAAGAGGACCUCACAGAAAACAGAGUAACUUGCUGCCUUCCCCUGGCUUGAACACGCGACCUGGCUGUGCUCCCAUCCCGUCCCCAGCCGGCUGGGGCUGCCCGCUCUGUACUCGGUGCCAACUGCGUGCUCACAGGGCGCUCGGUGGCUGGUAAAUCUUGGGAGGAAAGUCGCUUUGCUGCAGCAGUUUCGUGCCAGGUGCUGUCACCCGUAACAGAACCAGCGCAGAUGCAAUUGUACUAGAAUAAAACUUAAUACGACCUGAACAGAACGAGAGAGUUAAUAAAAUCUCCACAGAAUAAAGCUGAAUGCAGCCUUAAAAGAAUAAGUCGAUAACCUCUCAAUAGAAGCGUGAUUACAGCUUUACUAUAAUAAGAGUUAAUACAACCUCACUACAUAAAAGCUAACACCGUCUUAAUCAGAUAAAACAAUACAACCGUUAAUAGGACAAGAGUUAAUAGAAUCUCAAUACGAUAAGAGGUUCAUCCAACGUUAAGAGAAUAAAACGUACUACAACCACAUAGAAUAAGAGUUCAUAAAAUCUUCAUACACAAAGAGUGACUACAGCCUUAAUACGGGAGCUCAUACAAUCAUAACAGGGUAAGAGGUAAUGCAAACCUCACAGAACGAGAAUCAACACAACUUUAACAGAAGAAGAACUAGUACCAUCUUCAGAGAAUACACCUUAACACAUCCUUAGUAGAACGAGACUUAAUAAAACCUUAAUAGAAAAAAUCUGAAUACAACCUUCAUGGAAUGAGAGUUAAUAACAUCUCAAUAGAACAGGAGUGAUUGCCAUUUACUAUACCAGGAGUUAAUACAACCUCACUACAAGAGCUAAUACCAUCUUAAUAGGAUACAACUUAGUGCAGCCUUAAUGCAGUAAGACUUCAUGUGACCUUAAUAGGAUAACAGCCAAUAGUACCUUAAGAAGAGUAGAUACAAUCUUAAUAAAAUAAGAGUUAAUGCAACCUUAAGGGAAUAGGAAUGGAUACAAUCUUAAGGAGAGUUAAUAUAAAAUAUAAUCUUCGUAGAGUGAGCCGUUGAUGAAACUUUAUUUUAAUAUAAUGGUUCUCAAGUGGGGACUGUGCCCCCGGGGGCACACUUGUCAAUGUCUGGGGACAUGUUUGCUUGUCACAGCUGGGGAGGGGGUACGGGGAGCUCCUGACAUCUGGUGGGUGGAGACCAGGGAAGCUGGUCCACACCCCGCAGUGCCCAGCACGCCCCGCAUCAGAGGAUGAUCCAGCCCCAAACAUCGGUAGUGCCGCUGCCUUAAUAGAAUAACAGUUACUAGAACCUUAAUAACAGAAUUAGGAAUUAACACAAUAGUAUUACACUCCCCUCUCCCACACGCAUUUGGAGGGCUUUCCAGUGUAAUCGUGGGUCGGGAAGCAGCAACUUCCCUGGUUAACAUAGACACAGGUCUUAUUUUUAUGCUGUUAAAACAAGCUUCAUAGUAAGUGUGGGAAACACAUUGUCUCAAGAAACCAUCUCUCCACUGUACACCUGAAACUAAGACAACACUGUAAACCAACUCUACUCCGGUAAAAUUUUUUUUUAAUUUUUUAAAAUGAAAAAGAAUAGAUAAACAAUAAGGACCUACUGUAUAGCACAGGGAACUAUAUUCAAUAUUUUGUAAUCUAUAUGGGAAAAGAAUCUGAAAAAGAAUGUAUACAUGUAUUCUUUUAUAUAUAACUGAAUCACUUUGCUGUACACCUGAAACUAAUACGACAUUGUAAAUCAACUCUACUUCAAAAAAAUACAAAUAAAAAUUGUACCCGAAAUCUAGGGUACAAUUCUGGAAAAAAAAAAAAAAGAAAACUGUCUCUCCUCGUGGGGCGUUUAUGGAUACACCUCUCAUGGCCAGUAUUAUCCCAAACCAUGUGUGCAAGGGAAAAAAAAUGCAUUGAUGGUUUAUUCAUUUUUUUUACCCUUUAUGUAUUAUUUGGAGGCACCCUAGUCACUUCUUUAGAUGGAGAGAGAAAAAGAGAAAAUAAACCAUCUUAAGACUCUCGACACCAGCAGGUAGGGAACACCACUGACACCUUAAGGGGAAAAAAAAAGGAAUGCGUAUAUUUCCUUGUUUGGAAAAUGAAAACAAUGCAGAAGGAAGGGUCCAGAAUGAAAAAGCAGAAGGCCCUGUCUGUCCCCCAUCCCCCGAAUUUCUGCUCCCAGGUGAUCACUGUGACUAGCGAGGGACAGAGGGAGGAUUAUAGGAUUCUGAAAACCCACGUGUGGUUUCCCGUGGUUGCAUGUGCCCCUCGCUAUCCCUCGGGCGUCCCCUUUGGGGACCUCAGAGUCCCUCACGGGGGGCGUGCAUUUCCCAGGACAGGCUCCUGCUGUUCCCUCUGCAGCCUGAUGCUGUUCCGGGCGGGUUCCGUGAAGAGCUUCUGUGGAUGGACAGGGCGGGGGCAGCUGCUGCAGACGCCUGGACCUCCCAGGCUCCCACACCUUUGCUCCUGCCCGGCUGGCCAGCCCAUGAAUGACCCCCUUGGCCCCUGCCUCUAGGGGGGCAGCCCCCACCGGGCCCUGGCGCCCACCCUCCCUGGGGACCAAUCCAUCCUCUCCAUGGGGCAGGAUUAGGGCUCAACCCCUCAAACAGCAGGAGCAGUCUCUUCUUGGGUGCAAGGUGGAAGCAUCAUUUUAAAAAUGUUUUUAUUGUGGUAAAAUAGACAUACUAUAAAAUUUACCAUUUCAACCAUUUUUAAGGGCACGGUUCAUUGGCAUCAGGUCCAUUUAUAUUGUUGGGCAACCAUCCCCACCAUCAUGUCCAGAACUUUCUCAUCUUCCCAAACUUUGUCCCCAUUAAACACUGACUCCCCCUCCCCGAGCCCCUGGACCCACCAUCUACUUUCUGUGAAUUUGACUCUUCUAGGGAACCCCGAUACGUGUCCUUCUGUGUCUGGCUUCUCUCACUCAGCAUCAUGUCCUCAAGGUUCGUCCACGUUGUACCUGGAUCAGAAUUCCCAUCUUUUCUAAGACUGAGUCAUAUUCCAUUGUUUUUACACUGUAUUUUGUUUAUCCAUCCAUCCAUCAGUGGACACCUGGGUGGCAUCCACCUUUUGGCCAUUAUGCAGAAUGCUUCACGUGAACACACGGGUGUCCACGCUAUCUGUUCGGCUCCCUACUUUUGGUUCUUUUGGGUCUACACCCAGCAGUGGAAUUGCUAGAUCCUAUGGUCAUCCUAUGCUGAAUUUUUUGAGGAACUGCCCUGUUUUCCUGAGCACUUCCAGAUGCAUGCUCCCUCCCCACGGUGUGUGCGUCUGAGCGUGGUUCUUAAGAGAAUUAAAGCUGAGUCUGGUUUCUGCCGUUGCCCCGAGGUUCUCUUCGCCGCCUGUGAGCUGGGAGUCUUUGACCUUCUGGCCGAGGCCCCGGAGGCCCUGGGCUCGGCUGCAGUGGCUGCACGUCUGGGCGUCAGCUCCCGAGGGACAGAGCUACUGCUGGACGCCUGUGUGUCCCUGAAGCUGCUUCAAGUGGAAGUGAGGAGAGAAAAAGCUGUGUAUGAAAGCACAGAGCUCGCCAGCACCUACCUGGCCAGAGCCAGCCCCAAGUCCCAGCAGGACAUGCUGCUGUACACGGCCAGGACCACCUACCUGUGCUGGGGCCACCUGGCCACGGCUGUCAGAGACGGGAAGAACCAGUAUCUGAAGGCCUUUGGGGUUCCCUCCGAGGAGCUCUUCACUGUCAUCUACAGGUCACGCCAAGCACCUUUUUUUUUUUUUGGCCUUGCUGAACGCUGGCGCCUGCAGAGAGGGAACAUAGCAGGCCGAGGGUGGUGGCUGUCACCCUUCCCGCGCGUCUGUGACCUCGGAGGUGGUUCCAGGGCUCUGGCCAAGGCGUGCAUGUCUCUGUACCCGGGGUCUCAGGUCACCGUGUUUGACAUCCCAGACGUGGUCCAGAUGGCAAAGAGGCACUUCUCAUUCCUGGAGGAUGAACGGAUCGGCUUCUGUGAAGGAGAUUUCUUUAAGGACCGCCUUCCAGAGCCGGAUCUGUGCAUCCUGGCGAGGGCCCUGCAUGACUGGACGGGUGAGAAGUGCUCACACCUGCUGGGGAGAACCUACCAAGCCUGCAAGACAGGUAGGAGGUAGGGCUGCGUGUCGCUGUGCUGGCAACUCGGGGCAGGGUUGGCAGACUCUCCUUGGGAUGCCGGGGACUGAGUUCAUGUCACAGGUAAGGGCGUCAUCCAACCCAAUGGCUCUCCUUCCGCAUCAGUAAUUAAAACUGACAAAAAAAUGGCAUGGAUAACCAUUCUGCAGCGUAUCGCAAUGAAAGAUGGAGGUAGCCGCUGUGUGUGAGGGGGACAGUAUCCUGUGAGGUCACCAUCCUGAGGGUCCAUGAGGACGUGGGCACAGCCUCUGAGUGUGAUAUGUUCACAGUCCCAGCCGACCGCUGAGGGUUUCCUUGCUUUCGGGAUAUCACCACGCCUCAGGCUUUUGAAUUGCUUCUCCCUCUCCAGGAUCGUCCAUUUUGCCCAGAAACUGUGGUUCUGUUAGUGGGGAAUCAUUUUCAGAGGCGGGGUUGCCAUUCCUGGGAGGGCAGUGUUUCUAGACCCCUUCCGUGGAGAGAGCUAGGAAGCAGAUUGAACACGCUGAGUUAUUCACAUUUCCAUCCAUAGGGAUAUUACCGGGCAGUUACUCAGUUUGUAUAACUUUGUCCGCGUGUGGCGUCCUACACCUGGAGCCUUGUUCCUAAGAUCAUCAAUACUACUUGCUUGCCUUGUCCUGCUGUGUGCAUGACGUCAUUCCAAAGGAGCAAAACCAAGGUUCCUACAAACAAGGGAACUGCCAGGCGGUGCUGUGGCUUGUCUGCAGUUCUUCUGUUUAGCAUAUCCACGAAUUGGUGCGUCCACGGUCACAGAAACUAUGGUUGUCGCCCGGAGGUGAUGUUGCCUAUCGAACCACAGCCUGCUCGUGGCCUUUGGCUUGCUUCCAGUGUUUAGGCCUUGCCUUUACUUUUUUGCGUAUUAAUUCUUGGAUGACUAACACAUUUGCAUGAUUCAAAAACCAAAUGCUGAUGAAAGGUACAUGCAGAGAAGUCCAGCUUGUAAUCUGACCCCCUCACGCAUAUUUCUCCCCAGCUCUUGUAGGAGAGCUGAUUUAUGCUCUUUUAAAAAAAAAAAUUACAAAAAUAAAUAAUAAAGCCGCCAUGUUUCCUGGGUGAAGCCACGCCCGGGAGGGACCUGGCACUGGGGCCGCUGCCCACAGCAUCCACGGUCACCCUGCCCCUCAACCCCCUUGUCUCUGAGAUCCAAACGCAGCACCUGACAGUUUGCAUAUUUCUCUGGAUGGCCAGAACUCUGCAAGGGAAGCCAUCGAUGAUGCUGAAGCCAGGGGCAGCCCUCGGAAGCAGGAGGAGCAUGGCUUUGCAGGUCCGGAAUUUCUACCCAGCAGGAAGCUGACCUCGGGCACGUCACCUACCUUCUCUGCACCCUCACCCUUCAAAUUUAACAGACGGGACUGGGUAAUCUCUAAAGUUUGUCUUAAAUGCCCUGUGAUUCUUUGAAUACGUCCAACCAAUGCCUCUCAGCUGGGGUGAUUUUGCUCCCCGCCCCCGGUUGGGGACACACCUGGCAGUGUCUGGAGUCGUCUUGGGCUGUCUCGCUGGACUGCAGGAUGCUGCUGGCCGCUGGUGACUGGGUACCAGGGUUGCUGCGCAACACGCCACAGCGCACAGGGUACCCCGCAUCUGAGAGUGGCCCAGCAGCCCCCGACGCCCACAGUGCCGGGCUCGAGAGACUGGGUCCGGAUGUGGUCACACUGCAGCUUCCCCGAUCCUCGUGGCUGUCACGACAGGACUGGCUCUUAGGGGUGCGUUGAUUUCUUAAAAGUCCUCCUGAGCCGAGGGCUCUGGGAGGGUCACGCUGUCUUCGUGGGGGUAGGAAGAGAAACAGGACCUUCUUCAGAAGAUGAUGGAAAGUCAGCUGCUGGUCCCAGACUGUGCUCCCCAGCGUUGGUCCAGCUCCGUGGCCUGGGGAGGGGCCGUGUAGACUCAGCAGGAAGGACCCUCCAGGGCGCCAGGAAUCACCUGCUCUGGCUUCUUCCCAAAUACCUCUCAGGACAGCCUGGAGGCAGACAUCCUCCUGUUGCCACGGCGACGCUGGACCACUUGGGGCAGGACCGGGAUGCCUGUCUGCCAGCAGAUGGCGCUGUUGGACGGUUUAAUGGACGUUGGCUCCACGGACCAGAGGAGGCUGGGGUGGCCCUAAACGGAGAAGACGCCCCCACUUUAUGCCUUUGCCUCCGAAAAUGUUAGGUUUCACGAAAACAAGUACCUUUUCAUCAUUUUCCCCCGUGAAGGGCGAUUACAAAGUAAGAAUAAAAGGCAUCAUUCUCCAGGUUCUAAGGGAGGGGACACUGCCCCCAGCCAACACCCUGUCCCGCGGAGAGACACCUUGGGCCGGGUGGAUAUAAACGUACAGUAGGGCCGGCUGCCUCUCUCGCAGCAGGGCCCUCGAGCCAUUGCCGGAAACACCACCUCUUUCUGCAGGUUUUCUGCCCCAAUGAAGACUUUGCGUGGUCAGCGGUGAUAUGGAAGGCCCCGGUCAGCUUGUUUAGAAGAAAAGCUGCUGAAACACACAGCACGGCAUGAACCCUUUGGAUUAAAAAACAAAAAAACAAAAAAAACCCCACAGUUCUUGUACAAGGUUGUCACAGAAAACGAAAACCCCUUCUCUUUUGUUUCUCUGACGUAUUAGCUUCCACGGGGGACGACGAUGUAUGCUGAACUGAUGAACAUUUCCCAAAGGACGUGUUUGCCGCUGCCUGGGUCAUUGCAAUGCCUCCUGCAUCCUCCAGACUUGGGGCCCCAAGUCUGCACAAAGUAGAACCCCUUUGUGUGCAGGGGCCGAAUGCAUCCAUUCAUGUAAGUUAACGGUUCCUUACAGCAGAAACUAACACAGCACUGGAAAGUAACUAUACUCCAAUAAAAAGUCAUUUUAAAAAUUUUAAAAAGGGACUUCCCUGGCGAUCCAGCGGUUUAGACUCCGGGGUCCCAAUGCAGGGGGCUCGGGUUCGAUCCCUGGUCAGGGAACUGGAUCCCACACGCCGUGGUGACGGUCCCGCCUGCCGCAAACUAAGACCCAGCGCGGCCACAUAAAUAAAUAAAUAUUUUUUAAAAAUUAAAACAAAACUUGGCCUUUCUGGCUUUUUUCACUCCUGCAGAACGACCGUGUCUAUGGGAAAAGCAUUGAAGGGAAAUAUGGUAUUGAAGGGAGACGGCAGUAGGCACACCCAAAACGCUCCUCUUUUACAAAGCUUUCACGCCUAGGAUCUCAUGGGACCCCUUGGGCCGAGUGUGCAAAAAUGGACUUGCCGGGCUUGUGCAAAUGCAUGCAGGGAGACGCGAAGGAGCAGAGACUGUCCUGUUUGGAAUGAUGCACCAGGGUGGGACUGUCACCCCCAACCCCUGGCCCGUGGAGACGCUGGUGAUGAAACUGUGCUGGAGAUGGCUUACGGGGUCCUCCAGAUCCACUGGGGUUCAUCUCUGGGCUGCCCUGUGCCCAUGUGAUUGACACCUACCUGGCUCUGUAACUGCCUGAUUUCGGGGAGGGGGCGUCGGCCAGUGGGUGAGAAGGGGCUGCUGCCUAGCAGGGUUUUCCUGGGUUCUUCUCCCCAAACUGAGCAGCUCUUCCCCUUGGUCUUCGAGACCUGGGGGUGGGGGUGGGGGUGCACCCCCCUGCCUUGGGGAUUCCCCUUGGCCGAGCCCACGCUGUAGGAAUGUCUCGUCUAUGAUCUCCAAGACGCUGACCCAUACAGGAAGGAAGCAAGUAGCUUCUUCAGUGCCAGGCUGUACAAACGGAUAUUAUUCGGACGUUGUCAGAAUUUCAAAGGGCCAUCAUCAGCUAGACAAUACCUUGGCACCGUUUAUUUUAAAUUUUCUAAUGUGAUUCC